AUGAACCUCUCAAUCCGUGAUCGAGUCAACAGCUUCGGUCAUUCGUCCUAUUCGAAACCAGCGCCGCGAGAGCGAACUAAAGACGUCAAGGCCCAAGGGCCAUUUGUAACUGGACGGAACUCCAUGACUGGUCUUAUCCUUGUUGUAGCUUACCUGCCAUCUAUCUUGGAGAAAGAGCAGCAAUACGCUCGACAGAAAAGAACGAUCACGAUGUGGACGAACAUGAUCGAGCCAACAGCAAUAUGCGUCACCCUUUGCGCCGGGCCUGACUGUGGCAGGACAGGUAAAGACGUCAACAUGGGUCAACCGCCCUGUUUGAAACUUGCUCCACCCAAACGAACUGGACUGGACCUUAUGACUGGGUCAAGGGUCAACCGUCUUGUUCGAAACCGGCGGUUUGAAACCAGCGUCAUGAAAACGAACUGGACUGGGCCUCAUACUCGGCCCAAGAUCGAUAAAGAACAGUAA